AUGAGUCAGCCACCGACGGGGGGCGCUGCCCCUGCCACCGCCGCAGCUUGUGCCGCCACUGCUGCCACAGAAGCUCGCCUGCACCCGGAGGGCAGCAGCAGAAAGCAGCAGCGUGCUCAGUCACCUGCUAGACUGAGGGACAAUUCGGUCCGACAGACAACCGCGGCCGCCCGGUCCCCUGCGGGGGCCGGCACUAAAGUCAAUUCUGUUCGACAGCAGCAGCUGCAGCAGCAACAGCAGGGCAACAAGACCGGGAGCCGCUCAGCGCCUCCAGCCAUCGCCCGAGGAGGCGGAGGCGGAGCGGAGAAGGCAGCGCCCCUGGCGCCCAAAGGGGCCGCGCCGGGAGCUGUCCAGACUGCGCCUGGUGCUGAAGCGGCCCCCGCGGCGACCCUGGCCCCGGUGGGCGGCAGGAGGCCUGGCCCGUCGGAGGAGCCGCCCCGGGAGCUAGAACCCGUGUCCUCUAAACUCGGGGAACCCCCUCCGCUGGGGGAAGGAGGAGGAGGGGGUGGGGAAGGAGGAGGAGCCGGCGGCGGCUCCGGAGAAAGGGAGGGGGGCGCUCCGCAGCCGCCGCCGCCGCCCAGGGGCUGGCGAGGGAAAGGCGUACGGGCUCAGCAGAGGGGCGGCAGCGGCGGCGAGGGGGCCUCCCCUUCGCCAUCCUCCUCCUCUGCGGGCAAAACCCCAGGCCCUGGCAGCAGAAACUCCGGAAGCGGUGUGGUGGGGGGUGGCAGUGGUGGCGGAGGGAGCUACUGGAAGGAAGGAUGUCUGCAGUCUGAGCUCAUCCAGUUCCAUCUCAAGAAAGAGCGGGCGGCAGCGGCGGCGGCCGCAGCUCAGAUGCACACUAAGAACGGCGGCAGCAGCAGCAGCCGCAGCUCCCCGGUCGCUGGCACCCUUGCCAUCUGCGAGCCCCUCGCACUCCCUUCCUCCUCCCCAAUGGCGGCGGCAGCAGAAGGCCCCCAGCAGAGCGCAGAGGGCAGCACGAGCGGCGGGGGCAUGCAGGCGGCGGCGCCCCCAUCGUCGCAGCCGCACCCCCAGCAGCUCCAGGAGCAGGAAGAAAUGCAGGAGGAGAUGGAGAAGCUGCGAGAGGAAAACGAGACUCUCAAGAACGAGAUCGAUGAGCUGAGGACCGAGAUGGACGAGAUGAGGGACACUUUCUUCGAGGAGGAUGCCUGCCAACUGCAGGAAAUGCGCCACGAGUUGGAGAGAGCCAACAAAAACUGCCGGAUCUUGCAGUACCGCCUCCGCAAAGCCGAGCGCAAAAGGCUCCGCUACGCGCAGACCGGGGAGAUCGACGGGGAGCUGUUGCGCAGCCUGGAGCAGGACCUCAAGGUUGCAAAGGAUGUAUCUGUGAGACUCCACCAUGAAUUGGAAAAUGUGGAAGAAAAGAGAACGACAACAGAAGAUGAAAAUGAGAAACUGAGACAACAGCUUAUAGAAGUUGAGAUUGCAAAGCAGGCUUUACAGAAUGAACUGGAAAAAAUGAAGGAGCUAUCCUUAAAAAGAAGAGGAAGCAAAGAUUUGCCAAAAUCUGAAAAAAAGGCUCAGCAGACUCCCACAGAGGAGGACAAUGAAGAUCUGAAAUGCCAGCUGCAGUUCGUGAAGGAAGAAGCUGCUUUGAUGAGAAAGAAAAUGGCCAAGAUUGAUAAAGAAAAGGACAGAUUCGAACACGAGCUGCAGAAGUACAGAUCCUUUUACGGGGAUCUGGACAGUCCUUUGCCCAAAGGAGAAGCCGGGGGGCCCCCCAGCACCAGGGAGGCAGAACUCAAGCUCAGGCUGAGGCUGGUGGAGGAGGAAGCCAACAUCCUGGGCAGGAAAAUCGUCGAACUGGAGGUGGAGAACAGGGGCCUGAAGGCGGAACUGGACGACCUGAGGGGCGAUGACUUCAACGGCUCGGCCAACCCGCUCAUGAGGGAGCAGAGCGAAUCCCUCUCGGAGCUGCGGCAGCACCUGCAGCUGGUGGAAGACGAGACGGAGCUGCUGCGGAGGAACGUGGCCGACCUGGAGGAGCAGAACAAGCGCAUCACGGCGGAGCUCAACAAGUACAAGUACAAGUCCGGCGGCCACGAGAGUGCGCGGCACCACGACAGCGCCAAGACCGAGGCCCUGCAGGAGGAGCUGAAGGCGGCGCGCCUGCAGAUCAACGAGCUCAGCGGCAAGGUCAUGCAGCUGCAGUACGAGAACCGCGUGCUCAUGUCAAACAUGCAGCGCUACGACCUGGCCUCGCACCUGGGUAUCCGCGGCAGCCCCCGCGACAGCGACGCCGAGAGCGACGCGGGCAAGAAGGAGAGCGACGACGACUCCCGGCCGCCGCACCGCAAGCGCGAAGGGCCCAUCGGCGGCGAGAGCGACUCGGAGGAGGUGCGCAACAUCCGCUGCCUCACGCCCACCCGCUCCUUCUACCCCGCGCCCGGGCCCUGGCCCAAGAGCUUCUCGGACCGGCAGCAGAUGAAGGACAUCCGCUCGGAGGCCGAGCGCCUGGGCAAGACCAUCGACCGGCUCAUCGCCGACACGAGCACCAUCAUCACCGAGGCGCGCAUCUACGUGGCCAACGGGGACCUGUUCGGACUGAUGGACGAGGAGGACGACGGCAGCCGCAUCCGCGAGCACGAGCUGCUCUACCGCAUCAACGCACAGAUGAAGGCCUUCCGCAAGGAGCUGCAGACCUUCAUCGACCGCCUCGAGGUGCCCAAGUCCGCGGACGACCGCGGCGCCGAGGAGCCCAUAUCCGUGAGUCAGAUGUUCCAGCCUAUCAUUUUACUUAUUCUCAUUCUUGUAUUAUUUUCAUCACUUUCUUACACAACAAUAUUUAAACUUGUCUUCCUCUUUACACUGUUUUUUGUACUGUAAAUCUUUCCUCAUUUACCAUUCAUUGUAGUAUUUUCAGUUUGUUUGUUUUGUUCACCCUUCAAGACAAGAAGUAAAAGAAAUAUUAUUUCUGUAGUAACCAAUGCUAUAAAAACACUGAAGACUGCUUGUUUCUUUAAAAAGACACAUCUUGCCACUACCAAAUUCAAUAAGAAGGCCACGCACUAAAAUAUUUCAGGUUCUUGAAACCAACAAAAUCACAGAAGACAAAUAGGAACAGUACAUGACAGAAGGGAGAACCAACACGAAUAUUGUGUGUGUACAAGGUCACGCACACACCUGGAGAUACAGGCACACGUGCACAGUGAAUUAAAGCCUCAGGAUGAUCCCACACACACCCUGACAACCCACCACUUUGUCAUCAUACAGUUAUCUCUGCCACGAAGCUUCCUCAUGUUGAUCUGGAGAGGAUAUGGUAUCCCACAAACCCACCAGCAAUGAUGGAUGCCAACUGACUCUACCCUGCAAACCCAGAUGAGAAAGCAUACACAAGAGAUGUGAGAAUGGAGCAAAAAGAUAGAGCACGGCUCCUUUGUGUCUUUAGCAAACAUUCUGAAGUGUUGACUAUGUUAGGUAUAGAGAAAGUGAGGUUCAGUUCCUACUCUUUUAGAGCUUUCAGUUGAUUAACCAGGACAAACAUGUAAACAGCCAACUCGAACAUAUAUUUUUAUUGAAGUGAAAAAAAAGGCUUGUGGUUGCAAUUUAUUAUUUAUUGGACACCUGAUAGUGUGUUAGGUUUCCCUAAGAAAACAUAAUAAAAUUCCUAGGCAUUCUUGGAUGGAACAAUAUCAUAAAUAACUGCAGGGGGUGGGGUGAUAUAUACCUCAAUGAUAUCCUGUGACCUGAGUAAGAAAGGAGAAACUAACCAAGGGAGGUCUGGGCUCCCAAAACACCAGUCUCAUCCUCAGAUCUCUUGUUAGGAAUUAAAGUCAUCUGGCAAUAGGAGUGUUAAUCUCACCUAUGAACUCCGAAGGCAAUGACUUUAUAGAAGAGUUCCGUGAGAAUCUUGAGCUCCAUCCAGGCCCUCCAUAUACGGAACCCCAGUAAGAUAUUGGGGAGAGGAAAUAGGACUGACUUAGCUACUGCUCACGGAUUCUGGAGCAUUUGGGCUCGUUCUGACAACUCCUCUGAAGUUAGUGAGGCAACUUUGCUGUAUAUUCGAACUCCAGGGAGGUUUUUUCCAACUCUGCCCUGCCCACUGCAUAGCCAACUUCCCAGUUUGUGCCUGUGUGAAUGCACACACCUCUACCACACUGUGGUGUGUGAUGAGAGAUGCAUCCAGCAUCGGGGAAUUCAGACCUGCCUCUAUCUCAAGGGACUGCUGGGGGCCAGUAGUCGGCAGGUGAUCUCAGCAAACUGCCAGCAGGCACCAAGUGAUCUUGUCCCUUGGCUUCUUCCUGGAACUUCAAGCUAUUCUGUGGGCAUCCAGCAUCUAGGGAGCAUCUCUCCCUUACACUACAGGACACAAACUUGGUAAGAGAAGUUAACAAAUCUGGUGCCCAAGACCUCAGAAAGAGAAUCCCCAGCAUCUGCUUCCCCUGCCCUUUGAUCCUGUUACUCGCAUUAUCUUUAUUGUAUAAAGCUAGUUCUAAAAGAGGAACACUCAGGCUUCUUUGUUCAUCGAGAGAACAAAGUCCCCCAAGUGUCGAAACAAAGAGACUUCUCCUGUUUGUACCUUUGGAGCUGUGCUAUUUAAACAUCAUGCUGAAAAUAAAUUCAAACAAACAAACCUUAUUGUAGAAAAUUCCAUUGCAUGCACAUUCUUGGGAGUAGGAAGAAGUGUCUUUGGUAAUUUGGCCUAGAUUCAAGAAAAAAGGAAUUCUGUUGGCUAUUUUUAAAGCACAAUUGAGUCAAACUCAUAAAACAAAAGAAAAUUCAGCACAGAGCCUGGAAUGUGUAUUGGCCUGUGUUCCCCAACCCGCACUUCAGUUCGUGUGGUAGAGUGGGAUACAGUUAUGUAAGCAGCUGCCAGGGAAGUCUGGAAUGUCACUUUGGUAGCUAAGCCUUAACUGCAAAUAUUCACACAGUGUUUGUAGCUAUAGUCUUAUAGAAUUACAGCCAACUUUUAUCUGGUAGAGUUGUGCUUUGGGUCAGAUGCCCUAAUUGUAUGUCAGGAUUGAAGAGAGAAAG